UGGUGCUGAAUAAGCUUUGCAAGAUGCAGAUUUUGAAUUUGGGCACUCCAAGAAGCGAAAAAAAGUCAGCGAUUCGGGCCGGAGCGUGGGGCAAGUAGCGAGCCCAGUCAAUACAACGCAUGGCGACGAAGGAGGGAGCUGACGGCGCUGGCCACCUCGCUCGGAUAGUGAACUACGUGCUGUACCAGCCGAACCCGCUGCAACAGAUCUUCUACUUGCUGCUGGUCGUCGGAGGCUACAGUGCUUUCCUCUUCUUCGGACUACCGCAUCUACCCAAUGACUCACUCGGCGAGAUCCACAUAUACCUCAGCUUCGUGGCGGUGCUGAGCGCGCUACAGAGUUUCAUUGCGGCGUCCAUGUCGUCACCGGGGAUUUUGCUGCCUCGUACGCAUUGUGUCGUUACUGUCCUGGAUAACAGUUUAACAUUUCUCGUUUGCUUUGUCUUGUCGCUGACAAUGACAGCGACGCUCGUGUACUUCGACAACUACGAGUUCGACGAUGUGCUGUACCGCAAGCGCGAGUGUCCAACGUGCAAAAUGACUAAACUCGCCCGCUCCAAGCACUGCUCCGUUUGCAACAAGUGUGUCCCGCGCUUCGAUCACCAUUGCGGAUGGCUUAACACUUGCAUUGGCGAAUGCAACCACUGGGUCUUCCUGCGAUUCCUCAUGAUGAACGUGCUUUUGUGCAGCUAUGGUUCGUACGUUCUCUUCGCAACUUUAUCCGACGAGUACCAGCAUCUAUUGCGAGAAGAGUUUCUGGAUGAAAACACCCGCACUGUUGUCCAAGGCGAGCCGAUGGUUGUCGUUCGAUAUUUGAUCCAUGAGGAAUCUAUCCUCAUAGUUCUGUUCGUGCUCUGUGUCGGCAUGGGCAUUGCGCUUGUGUGCUUUUCCGGAUUCCACCUCUAUCUGGUUUCCAACAAUCUCACCACAAACGAGUUUUUCAAGCGGAGGGAACUUCGUCGAUCGCAUAUGUGUCCUUGCACACAUAAGUAUGAUCUCGGGUCCGCCGUAUUAAACUGGCGCGAAGUUUGGGAGCCUCGAUACAAAGCUAAGAUAUUUGCUGUGAAGUUGGCCGCUUCCAAGCGCUCUGAUCAUCAAAAAGGAGUAAAAUCAGCGUAAUAGACUAGCAAGAAAAACUGGUUAAUAUUUUUAGCGAUAGGCUCAUACCUUCUCGAAAAGUGCAGUUGUGGAG